UAGCGUGGCGCCUCGCUCUAGUCUUCUUCCCCCGACGGCUACCAAUUCCCAACCCAAACCCUCUCGUUUCCAGUGGUGCGGCGAGGCAAACACGGCGGCGGAAGGAUGGCGAAGGGAGGCGGUGGCAGCGGGCUGAUCUGGGCGACGGCGGAGGAUCUGGCGCGGAACCGGCCGGUGGUGCUGUCGCUGUACAGGCAGAUCCUGCGGGCGCUGAACUCGCCGGAGCUGCCGCUGGGGUACGCGGCGCGGAUGGCGAAGAAGGCGGAGUGCCGCGCCAUCUUCCUCUUCGGCGCCGAGGAGAGGUCGCUCCACAACAUCAGGGACCUACUCGACGCCGCGCGCCACACACUCGGCCUCCUCAACCGCGGCCGCCUCCCGUAGAGCGGAACGAAGAGUCUCGCGAGUCGCUGUUCCCAAUCCCCAUGGGUACAUGGUUUUGGAGGGAUGAGCAAAUUUUUAGCAUUCAGGAACUAGCAUGCAUUUGCAUUGCCCAAAUGACAAACAUGUUACACUAACACCACUGUUGUUGGCAGUUGUUUAGAUCUUUCCUUCUGUGAAAUCGACUAUAAGUAUACAGGCUAUGAUGUUUACACAGCACAAAUUUACGGCCCAACAUGACUUGAAUUGAUCAA